AUGGGCAGGAGGGGAGGAAAUGACACCUCAGCCACAGAUCUCAUUUUCCUUGGACUAUUUCCUGAUAUGAGAGAUAUCAGCUUCCUUAUCUCCAUCAUCUUUCUGAGCUACACCAUUGCCCUCACUGGAAACACCAUGUUGAUCCUACUAAUUUGUCUGGAUUCCCGACUCCACACUCCCAUGUAUUUGCUCCUCAGCCAGCUUUCAGCCAUGGACUUAAUUCUCAUCUCCACCACCAUCCCUAAGAUGGUCACUGACUUCUGGAGGCAGAGCAGAACCAUCUCACAGGUUGGCUGUGGAAUACAGAUGCUGUUUUACGUGGCUGUUACAGGUUCUGAAAGCAUCCUCUUGACCCUGAUGUCCUAUGAUCGCUACGUUGCUGUUUGUAACCCACUGAGGUACUCAGUUGUCAUGAGCUCCAGUGUCUGCUUUCAGAUGGCUGCUUUCUCCUGGGUGAUGGGGAUCCUGAAUUCCCUGGUCCACACUGGGUAUACAAUGCACUUCUCAGUCUGUGACUUCAGGGAGGUUCACCACUUCUUCUGUGAGGUUCCAGCUAUCCUCAAACUCUCCUGUGAGGACACCUCUGAGUAUGAAAUGAGUUUGUUUGUCACAGGUACUGUGUUCAUCCUCAUCCCCUUUGUGAUCAUUCUGACCUCCUAUAUUCUCAUUUUCUUAAGUGUCUUUCAUAUGAGAUCCCCAGAGGGAAGGAGCAAAGCCCUGGCCACCUGCUCCUCCCAUCUCACAGUGGUGAGCCUCUAUUUGGGCCCUGGCUUCUUUGCCUGCAUGAUUCCUCAAAGCCUGUACUCAGCAGACGUAGGACAGGCUGUUUCCUUGUUCUACAACAUCCUCACCCCCAUGUUGAACCCCCUCAUCUACAGCCUGCGAAACAAGGAAGUGAUGGGGGCUUUUAAGAAGCUGCUGGGUUUGGGUAUUGGUUCUCAAAUAAAAUCCAGAAAACUUUAG